AAAAACGUUUUCAGCGUACAAAACUACAAAAAAUGUACUCACACAUACAAAGCACUGUCUACACUGUAGCUACGUUAUUAGGCUAAUUAAAACUUUCUAAAUCUAGGCCUGCCGUGAAAAGUAUUGAUAUCAAAACGAGGCCAAAUUACAACAAACAAAAAACUAUCUUAGCUUACACAAAUUGAACGAGCUUUAUUUCAAAGCAAUGUUACCCAAUGUUUCUUAAAUUAAUUCAUUUAACUUGGUGAUGCUGUCUUUCUUUUUGGCACUUUGAGCACUUUUAUGUUUUUGCACUUAUGAUUUGAGUAAACAAAAAUAUUUUUUGGCACAUCUCAGCGCAUUGGUCGUCAUUUUGGCAUAAGUUCCCUUCCAAUACACAGUGUGCGGGCUCAGCCCCAUUAAGGUGCUCUGUGUGCUGAGUGGUCAGCCUUCAUGCCUCAGACCAUUGAGGCUCUGGCUGGCUCCUGUGUACUGAUCCCAUGUCAAUUUGAAGUUCCCGAAAACGAAGUUGCCAGACUGAAGAAACCAGCCAAUGGGGUGUGGAGGAGAAGGUCGCAGUGGUUUACGGGCAGUGUUGAUGUAUACAACUCAUCACAUCAUCAGAACAUCCUUCAAGGAGAGAUCAUUGGGGACCUGAUACAGAAGAACUGCACCACUAUCCUGGAUGCCAUUCCUAGCAAUUACACGGACGAGUACUAUUUCAGAAUCGAAACUGGUUUCAUGGCAACCUUUGCCAACAAUGUCAGCAUAAACAUCACAGCCUCUCCACCCAAACCCCAGGUGACCUCAGUGGGUGCAGUAAUGGAGGGGGCCCCGGUGAAUCUGACCUGCACGGCGUCAGCCCCCUGCCCUCGGCUCCCCCCAGCCCUGACCUGGUCCCCCCCCGAACUGGGGCGCGGCGCGAGCGCUCUACUGGGGAAUCCGGACGGGACCCGAUCCGCGUCUUCCACGCUGAGCUUCGUGGCCUCGCGUCUCCACCACGGGCGGAUUGCGUGCAGCGCUGACUACCCCCUGCAGCUAGGGGGCGGUAGCAAGCGAGCAGAGGAGGCUGUCACGCUCAAUGUCCUGUACUCCCCAAAGGGCACCUCUGCUACAGUGAGUCCCUCUGAACUGGUUCCCGAGGGCACCACCGUCAGCCUGAACUGCACUAGCGAUGCCAACCCGCAGGUGGCGCACUACUCCUGGUUCCGAGUGAAGGAUGGGAAGGUGACAGCGGUGGGGUGGGAGAGGAACCUCACCCUGGUCAUGACUGAGAACCACACGGGCCUGUACCACUGCGAGGCCCAAAAUGAGCACGGGAGGCAGAACUCCACCGCCGUACAGCUGCGUGUGCAAGGUGUAGGUGCGGCACCGUGGAUUUGGGGGCCAGUGGGGGGAGGGUUCCUACUGCUUUCCAGUCUGUUGAUCUUGUGCAUCUGUAGGCAGCGAAAGUUACCAGACCCUGUUGUCAUGAAGGACCGAGGCGAAGACGACUCUCCGGUGUAUGAAAACAUAAGCACAGUGACGAAGCUGGGUUUCGCAGAGAACCAGCCCAGAAAAGAUCUGGACGAGGCUGCGUACAGCAACCGUGAAACGCUGAAUCCGGGCGGGACUGUCUGCAUGAGCAACCCGUCUGGCACAGCGGAGAGGGAUGACCAGCUGUACGCGAACUGCUUCACUCCCUCCAGGCCAUAGCUUGGCGCUCGAGUCAGAAGAGCCCGUCUGUGCUGCAGCUGAUGUUUUCUACCGUCACCGAGCAACCGAGUCUCCUCCCAGGUCCCUGUACCUAGUAAUGGACGCCACUGCUUUACUUACCUUGUAUGAACCUGCAUAGAAAUUUCACACUAUCCACCUAUGCAAAGCUAGACUUUGAUCUUCAUCAUGUACCACAAACUUCAACAGGCAAAUCAUUUGUUUCGUUGCCAGUGUGGACACACUCCCAAGGUCAGUUCCCUGUGUCUAUUUUGACUUAAGUAAAUGUAUUUUGAAUUGAGCAAAUUGAA